UGUAGUUUGGCGGUGACCUAGCCGCCAGACCUGGGCACUGCCGUUAAGGCGGGCGAAGUAGCAGCGCUCAAAUGGCUGCGUCCAACCGCCCGCCGGAAGAGUGAUCUGGCUUGGGAGGGCCCUGGAGACGCGCUUGGGCUCAGGGUUGGACAUGAAUGCGGAUGGCGCUCUAGGCCUCACCGGAGUUACUGUGUUGCUUCCCGUGGUGCAGGGUGUUGGUGGUGCAUUUUAGAAGCUGGCACGGAGGCCGCGGGUCUGUGUCUUGCACUGGGCCACGUACAGAUUGAUUUGCCAGGCAUGAAGACAGGCUUGAAUGCCGAGGGGUGAAUUUGAUGUGCAUUCCACGUGAGGCUAGUGCUUUUGCCCGCCUUCCUGGCUGGAAACAGGCUAUUUUAGCAAGUCAGGCCAUGCUGUUUCUAGAUUUCCAAUUAAACAUCAACAUUCCUGCUUAAGCAUUUCCCUGUUAAAAUGUCCUUGCCCCUUACAGAGGAGCAGAGGAAAAGGAUUGAAGAGAAUCGACAGAAAGCUCUGGCUCGUAGAGCUGAGAAAUUAUUAGCAGAACAGCAUCAGAGCACAGGCCCAGGCUCCUCCAUCACCGCCAACCCUUCCCUGUCCAAGCAGGGACCUUCCCAAAAUCCUCUGAGCGAUUCUUCUAAGCCAGUUACCCAUGAUGUUUUUAAGCCAUGGAAUCCCACUAAUUCAUCAAAUAGUGAUAAAAGACUUCACAAUUCCCACAAAUUUCAUCUCAGCAAACCAGAGCCAGCGGAAAGGUUAUGGAAGAGUCAAGAAGAGAAGCCCACAGCCUGCCCAAGCCUUAGGCCACCAAGUCAAAUGACUGUCACUGGGGUUUCCCCUUCUCUGGCACAAAGUUCUCCAAAGGUCCCCAACCAACAGCACUUGGGUUAUGAGUUAGGUCAAGGUUAUGCUCAGUCUUCGCACAAGACCAAAUCGACACCCUUUGCUAGUACAACUCAUAAGCUUUUGGCUAAACCAGCGAGUUCCCAGGAGAUGCCAGCUUCUUCUCCUGGACAGUCUCCUGGGGAUCCUGAAUUACUGGCUGAGAGAGUGAGACCCUCUACCUCAGGGCGGACCAUUUCUGAUGUCCAUUAUGGCUCAGGGUGUAUGACCCCCGGGAAAGAAGGAAGACUCCAACAGAAUCUGGAGCUUUCGCUCCAAGAAGACAUAAGCUCCCAGAAGGGCAGGUGCAUACAGAAUGGAGAUCGUUUCCAGGUGAAGAUCGGGUACAAUGCAGAGCUGCUUGCUGUGUUUAAGAGUCUGCCCAGCAAAAAAUAUGAUCCUGCCACCAGGAUGUGGAACUUCAGCAUGACUGACUACAGUGCCCUGAUGAAAGCAGCCCAGCGCCUCCCCACGGUCACCCUGCAGCCUUUGGAAGGGGCCAACGGUAGCAAGGAGUCGGCGUCCACCAGCAGCGGGGCACAGGCCAGCCUCCCUCCAGCCCGGUCCCUUGCCUUUGUCAAAGGGCAGUGCAUGCUCAUCUCCCGGGCCCGCUUCGAGGCAGACAUCAGCUAUUCCGAAGACCUGGUGGCACUGUUUAAACAGUUGGAUUCCAGGAAAUACGACUUCAAGACCAGGAAGUGGAACUUUCUCUUGGAAGAGCAUAAUAUACUAGUUGAAAAGGUGCGCUACCUCCCACAAGUUCAGCUGGAUCCUCUGCCCAAGACAAUCGUCCAGGCUUUCGCUUCUCAACUCCAGAAAACGUCUCUCCAUCUCACAGAGGAUACCCCUGAGGCAGACCUUUCUGGAGUGGACGCCAAGCUGGUGUCCAGUCUGAUGCCCUUUCAGAGAGCUGGUGUCAAUUUUGCCAUAGCAAAAAGAGGCCGCCUGCUGCUCGCUGAUGACAUGGGCCUGGGGAAGACCAUCCAAGCCAUCUGUAUAGCGGCCUUUUACCGCAGGGAGUGGCCGCUCCUGGUGGUGGUGCCGUCGUCUGUGCGCUUCACCUGGGAGCAGGCCUUCCUCCGGUGGCUGCCAUCUCUGAGACCCAGCUGCAUCAACGUCGUGGUGACCGGGAAGGACCACCUGACAGCUGGCUUGGUCAACAUCGUCAGUUUUGAUCUUCUUAGCAAGUUGGAAAAACAGCUGAAAACCCCUUUUAAAGUUGUCAUCAUUGAUGAAUCUCACUUCCUCAAAAACAGUAGGACUGCCCGCUGUCGAGCAGCUAUGCCCAUUCUAAAGGUUGCCAAGAGGGUGAUCUUGCUGUCGGGCACACCAGCCAUGUCUCGGCCCGCAGAGCUCUACACCCAGAUCAUCGCAGUCAAGCCGACUUUCUUCCCUCAGUUCCACGCCUUUGGACUGCGCUACUGUGAUGCCAAGCGGCAGCCCUGGGGAUGGGACUAUUCGGGCUCCUCCAACCUCAACGAGCUGAAGCUCCUGCUGGAGGAAGCGAUCAUGCUGCGACGCCUCAAAUCUGACGUCCUUUCCCAGCUCCCUGCCAAACAGCGCAAGAUGGUGGUCGUCGCCCCGGGACAGAUCAAUGCCAGGGCCAGAGCAGCCCUGGACGCCGCAGCCAAGGAGAUGACCACCAAGGACAAAACCAAAAGGCAGCAGAAAGAAGCCCUCUUGCUCUUCUUCAACAAAACAGCUGAAGCCAAAAUCCCAUCUGUCAUUGAAUAUAUCCUGGACUUACUGGAAAGUGGAAAAGAGAAGUUUCUAGUGUUUGCGCACCAUAAAGUGGUUUUGGAUGCAAUUACUAAUGAGCUGGAGAGAAAGACUCCCUGUACUGGAAAUCACCAGAUCAGUGCAGAAGGAUUUACGUACAAGGAUAUUAGGUGUGUUGUUGUUUAUAAUAUUGUAUAAAAUGAGGAACUUAAAUGUCCAUCGGUAGGUAUACUGUUAUAGUCCAUUCACCCAUAAAGGAACGAUACUGUGGAUCAGUGGUCCUUGACUUUUUUGGAGAUCUUUGGACCCGUGAAGAAUUUGAGGAAAUUUUAAAGUUGAAGCUGUUGGUAUCUGGUUGGCAUAUAUUGGUAUGGAAAGCUGUCCAUGAUAUAUUAAAAACUAUAUGCAUAAAAAAAACAAAAAACCAAACCCAUUGCUGUCGAGCCGAUUUUAACUCACAGUGACGCUAUAGUGAUUUUUAAAAAUUAUGUUGCAUAGAAAAGAGAAAAAACCUGAAUCAUAUACCCUCAAAACCUCAUUGAUGGCUAUCUCUAAGUAGUCCUCAUUAUCUUCUUUAUUCUUCUUAUAUUUUUAUAAUGAUUAUCGUUUUUAUGAUCAGAAAAAUUAAAGGUAUUUAAAAAUAUACAGAAGCAUUUAGAAAACAAAUAAAAAUGAAUUCAAGGAAAUAAACUAGGGAAUCUGUUAACAACCUAUAUGACAUACAAAUAAUAGCCUUUCAAAAAAUAAAUGAAAUAAUAGCCUUCCCAUACAAAGAUAACAGCAAUACCCAGUAGGAAAAAAAAAUGGCAAAGUAUAUGAAUAGAUAGUUCAUCAAAGAAAUAACACAAAUAGCUGAUAAGAUAUGAAAAGAUUCAACUCCCCUACUAAUCAAAUAAAUGAAAAAAUUAAAACAAGAUACUUUUUUUUUUUUUUUAAUCAAAUCAGCAGAGGUUUUUAAAAUGCGUGGGUGCUCACUGCUGAGAAAGGUGCAGUGAAAUUGACGUGCUCAUACAUGCCUUUUUGGAAAGCAAUUUGGCAAUAAUACCAGGAGCCUUAAAUUAAAUUUUCCCCUUUUGCUGUAGGACUUUGAUUUUUAGCAGCUAAGUCUAAGGAAAUAAUCAAAUGUGACCAAAGAACUGUAUGCAGGUAUUUCAGUCUGUCCUUUUUAAAAUUUUGUUUUAAUAGCUCUAUUGAGGUAUAAUUGCCAUGCAAUAAACUACAUGUACCUAAAGUGUAUAGUUUGCUAACUGUACACAAUCAAGGCAGUGAACAUCUCCGCCACCCCCAGCAGUUUGCUUGGACCCUGUUGUGAUCCCUCCCUCCUGCCCCUUCCCGCCCUCCUAUCCCCAGGCAAUCACGGGUCUACUUCCUGUCACUAUAGAUUAAUUUGCAUUUUUUACAUACACUUGGGGGGUUUUUUUGUUUCGUUUCUUUCAUGCAGUAUAAUUAUUUUGAGAUUCGUCCAUGUUCUUGCAUUUAUCCAUCGUUUGUUCCUUUUUGGUGCUAAGUAGUAUUCUGCUGCAUGGACAUAUAUCACAAUUUUUAUUUAUCCAUUCACCCCUUGAUAGACAUUUGCCAACCUGUCCUUUUUUCAGUGCAAAUUAGAAAUAGCCUAAGUGUGCAGAAAUAGAAGAACGUUAAAUUACUGUAUCAGCACAUAAUGAAAUAGGCAACCUUUAAAAACUAUGUUUUAGAAAAUCAAUAAUUUUGUUUGUUUACAACUUAAUGUUUCUUGAGGGAAAGCAGGAUAUAAAACUUUUUUCUUAAAGAUACGCACAUUGAGAAAUUAGUGGCAGGAAAAAAUAGAUUGAUAAGAUUACUAAUAUUUUUAUCUUCCUUGUAAUGUUUAUCAUUAGAAAAAAAUAAAUGCCACAUACAGAAAGGUAAUCUAAACAUCUAACUUCCAACCAUUCAGAAGUUGGUUUAUAGACAUUUAAAAAAAAGAUUGCCAUCUAGUCUACUCUGACUCACAGUGACCAUUUGCCUCAGAGAAAUGAAAACUUGCAUUUGCACAAAAGCCUGUUCAGAGCAGCUUUAUUCAAGUUCUAAAACUGGAAUCAACCCAGAUGUCCUUCAGCAGGUAAAUUGUUAAAUGUACGGUAUACGUACCAUGGAGUACUACUCGGCAAUAAGUAGGAACGAAAUAUUGAUAUAUUCGACAACCUGGAUGACCCCCCCAGGGGCUUUCCCUGAGUGAAAAAAGCCAAUUCCAGAAAUUUACAUACUGUAUGAAUUCCAUUUAUAUAAAAAAAAAAACCCACGGCCGUCCAGGGUUUCCAUUUAUAUAGCACUCUUGAAAUGAUAAAAUUUUAGAAAUACAGGACAGAUUAGUGCCAGGAACUAGAGACCAGGGCAAGGAGAGGGAGGAAGAAGAAGGGAAGUAGGUGUUUCAUGAACCGGCUACAAAGCGGGACUUCCUGAGAUGUUGGAACUGACCUCGGAGGUGGGUACACGAAAACCUAGGCAGGUGAUAAAAUUGUAUAGAAUAUACUCCCACCCACCCCCCACGCGCGCGCACACACACACACACACACAAAUAAGUACAAGUGGGGAGAAGGAGCCCUGGUGGCACAAUGGUUCCACACUCAGCCGCUAACUGAAAGGUUGGCAGUUCAUACCCACCCAAAAGCUCCAUGGGAGAAAGACCUAGCAAUCUGCUCCCAUAAAGAUACAGCCUAGAAAACCCCACGGGACAGUUACACUCUUUCAUUCACAUGCGGUCGCUAUGAGUCGGAAUCAACUCCACAACACCUAACAACAACAACAAAGCUGGGGAGCUCAGAAGAGAUUAGUAGAUUGCGUGUCAGCAUGAAGAUUGUGACAUUGUACGAUAGUCUCAUGAGAUGUUACCGUUGGGGGAAGCUGGGCAAAGUGGACGCAGCGUCUGUGUGUAUUACUUCUUAUAACUGCACGUGAAUCCACAGUGUUCUCAGUACAAGUUUCAGUUAAGUAAAAAGAAGGACGAGGCGCUCUGAAGGCAGUGGGCUGGGACCCUGAGUGGGCCCGUGGUACCAUGUUCGGUGUCGGGCGGGAACGCCCUGUCACAGGCCAGCCCACCUGGGUUU